AUGAUGAACAACAGAUCUUUCCAAUUCGAAUUCUUACCUAACGAAAUUCUUAUAAUUUUAUUUGAAUAUUUUGAUAUUCGAGAUUUGUAUCGAUCAUUUUUCAACAUAAAUACUCGUUUGAAUAAUCUUCUUCUAUCACUCAAACAUCUUUCUCUUACAAUUUCAAAUUCUAAUCAAACUUUAAAUGAAUAUGAUAAAAUACUUAUUUCUUAUAUUAAUAAAUUAAUAAUUCAAAAUAAAAUUGAUAUUGAUUUCACUUGUUUUACACAUAUACAUUCUCUUAUAUUAGUACAUCCAACAUUCGAACAAAUUAAACAACUUAAUAAAAAUAUUUUAACUUGUUUAAAAUAUCUUGCUAUUCGAAAUAUGUACUUAUUAUCUUCAAAUGAUUUACCUGCAAUAUUUGAUAAAAUAUUUUCAAAUGAUUUAUCUCAUUUACAAUAUUGUUAUUUAUCGAAUAUGACGACGAUAAGAAGAACACGAGAAUGGAUACAAAUGACAUCAUUACGUUUUUUAGAAGUUGGACAUAUUAAUUUAUUUGAUUAUAAAUACAUUCUAUCAUUAUGUCCGAAUUUAUAUUCAUUUAAAUUUAUCAUAUCUACCGAGACUGAAAUACCUUCUGAUAUUAAAUCACAUUUAAAUAUUAAACGAUUAACAUUAAAAAAUGAUUUUUUUGCUCAUUCUUGGAAUGAUCAUGUUAUUAAAAGUUAUCUUUCAUGUGUACCCAAUCUCGAACAACUUUGCAUGUAUCGUCAUAUAUUCAGUUCAACUGUGAAAAACUGUCUAUUAAAUUAUGAUUGGUGUGCAUCAUUAAUUAGUUCGUAUUUACCAUCACUUCAUCGAUUUAGUUUCUAUUUACAUCUGAUUGAAUUAAACUAUGUCGAUAUAGAUAAUAUUCUUUUUCAAUUAGUAGAAAAUUUUCGAUCUCAUCGUAACACUAAAUGUCAAUCUUGCUUUGUUAUACAAUACUGA